ACACAGAUGUUUUAGGUUUAGAUAAGUUAAGGGUUGGGGGACAGCUGCUUUUCAAGCCUCCUCUUGCGUGCAUCAUGCUGACUUUCCAUUGGAAAUUCACUGUCUUUCAUUUCCUCAUCACCUCCUGCUGUUCACUUAAUCAUGUGAAUCCUGAGGAGAAUCCAGACAUACCAGCAAUCGCCAAAUAUUUUAACACAAAGGGAAGGUACGAAGAGGUGAACCGGCACCUCACAGAGGACAUACUUGCUGUAAACAGAUCAGUUUUACAGCUUCCAUCUGCACAAUGUCAAGAAAUACAUCUGACUGCAAUGAUAAGACAUGGGACCAGAUACCCGUCGACCAACCACAUCAAGAAGAUGCAGAAGCUGUACGAAGUGGUGAUGAACAAUGCGUCAGGCGAACAAAGUUGGCUGCGUGAGAUCAAGACUAACUGGAAAAUGUGGUACAAUGAGGACAUGGACGGCCGACUCGUCCAGAAAGGUGUUCAAGAUCACAAGCAUCUCGCCAUCAGGCUGUCUAGGCUGUUCCCCUCACUGAUUUCAGAGGAGAACCUUCAAUCUGGACGCAUUAAAUUCAUCACCAGCUCAAAGCACAGGUGUAUCAACAGCACACUGUCCUUCAAGGCAGGACUGACAGAGGAGUGGGACAUCAAAGAUAAGGAAUUUGACCAUGCUGUGAAUGAUGCUCUCAUGAGGUUUUUUGACAAGUGCACAAAGUUUGUGGAGGAAGUUGACAACAACCCAUCAGCUGUGGAGGAGGUUGACAGGUUCAAACAAGGACCAGAGAUGAGGAGAGUCCAGGACAAGAUCGCAGACCGCCUCAAUGUUUUGCACAGUCUCAUCACACAUGAUAUGGUUGAGGCUGCAUUUCACUUGUGUGCUUAUGAGUUUGCUAUCAGGACUGUGAACUCCCCCUGGUGUCGGCUCUUUGAUGAGGAUGACGCAAAGGUUAUAGAGUACGCAAGUGACCUGAGGGAAUUCUGGAAACGAGGUUACGGUCAUGAUAUUAACAGCAAGGCGAGCUGCAUCCUCUUCCAUGAUCUAUUCAGUCGGCUGGACAAGGCGGCCAGCGAGAACAAGUCCGGCCAGCAGGUGACUGAAGCUGUGACAAUCCAGGUUGGCCAUGCGGACACAUUGCUGCCACUGCUAACCCUCCUGGGCUUCUUUAAGGACAACGAUACCCUGACAUCUACCAACUACAUCAAUCAGAGUGAACGAUCCUUCCGCACCAGCCUCAUGUUACCCUAUGCAGCUAACUUAGUCUUUGUGUUGUACGACUGUGGAGGAGGGGACCUGAGACUGCAGCCGCUGCUCAACGAGAAGCCUGUGACUUUCCCUGGCUUGACUGACCGGCAGGCAUCCAUGCCACGCUAUCAAGACAUCAGAGAGCACUACAGGGCACUGCUUCAAGGCUGUGACUUUGAGACAGAGUGUCAGUUGUUCAAGCAGCAGGCUGAUAUUUAGGCAGACAGGGCAGACUCUGAAGACAAAGGCAUUACUCAUGAUGUUGAUCAGAAGUUUAUGCUGUGGUUUUUGGGACCCUAAUUGGAUACAGCAUCAUAACUUGGUUUGGUAACCUCUCUGUGCAAGUAAAGCCCAAACUAGCCCAACUUAUGCAAACUGUUUGGAAGAUGAUAGGUGUAAGACAGCAUCCAUCCCUGCGGUACAUCCCUGCAGUGUACCAAAGAACAGUCUGUUUUGAGUCAAGCCAACAAAACAAUAGUGAAUAGUGAAUGCCAUCAGGGAGGAGGUUUAGAGUACCAUGUUGUCAAUUGACUAGAUUUUAAAACUCAUUAUCACUUCAAUAAAAAAAUUAAACUGC